ACCUGGAACUAGAUACGGCGCUUUUGAGUUUUUUCCCCCUUGUGUUGUUUUCCCUGGAAUCAGCAGCUUGGCUUCCUAACAGCCAUCAAGAAGGAUGUAUCUUCUUUUUCUUAACAACCCUUUAAAAAAACAAUUUCAGGGCCAGAUGUGGAAAUUAGUGCACGGAUGAGCGGUGGAAUGUAUAUUAACGUUAUUUUUCUGCAGAAGCGGUUCAUUAAAGGCCUCCGGCAGUACGGCAAGAACUUUUUCAGGAUCCGAAAAGAAUUGCUCCCCAAUAAGGAGACGGGAGAACUGAUCACCUUCUAUUACUAUUGGAAGAAAACCCCGGAAGCUGCCAGUUCCCGGGCUCACCGCAGGCAUCGGCGACAAGCCGUCUUUCGAAGAAUUAAGACCCGGACAGCUUCUACUCCGGUUAACACCCCCUCCAGGCCUCCUUCCAGCGAAUUCUUGGAUUUGAGUUCGGCCAGCGAAGAUGAUUUCGACAGCGAGGACAGCGAACAGGAGCUGAAGGGCUAUGCGUGUCGUCACUGCUUCACCACCACCUCCAAGGACUGGCAUCACGGGGGCCGGGAAAACAUCCUUCUCUGCACGGACUGUCGCAUCCACUUCAAGAAAUACGGAGAGCUCCCUCCCAUCGAGAAGCCGGUGGACCCGCCGCCCUUUAUGUUCAAGCCAGUCAAAGAGGAAGAUGACGGUCUCAGUGGGAAGCAUAGCAUGAGGACGAGAAGGAGUCGCGGCUCGAUGUCUACACUUCGCAGCGGUCGUAAGAAGCAACCCACCAGCCCAGACGGGAGGGCCUCGCCCAUCAACGAGGACAUCCGAUCCAGCGGCCGUAACUCACCCAGCGCGGCCAGCACGUCCAGUAACGACAGCAAGGCGGAUUCGGUCAAGAAAUCCACCAAAAAGAUUAAAGAAGAGGCUUCUUCCCCUCUCAAGAGCUCCAAGAGGCAGCGAGAAAAGGCGGCGUCCGACAGCGAGGAGCCCGACCGCAUCAAUGCCAAGAAAACCAAAACCCAGGAGAUCAGCCGGCCCAACUCCCCCUCGGAGGGCGAAGGGGAGAGCUCCGACAGCCGCAGCGUGAACGACGAGGGCAGCAGCGACCCCAAAGACAUCGACCAGGAUAACCGCAGCACCUCGCCCAGCAUCUCCAGCCCGCAGGACAACGAGAGCGACUCGGAUUCUUCGGCCCAGCAGCAGCCAUCGUCUCUCCAGGCGCCCAACGGCCCGACUCAGCCUCCGGGGCCCCUCCCAGCACAGCUGCCCUCCUUGCCGGCCGGCUCCAGCAUCCCCUCUUCCACCGUCGUCCCGCAUGUGUCUCCUUCAGGAGCGCAGCCCCCCAGCCAGCCUCUGGCUCCGGGCCUCCCUCAUUCGCACAUCCAGCAGGUCCCUUCGUUGCACCCGCCCAGGCUGCCUUCCCCUCCUCACCCGCCACUGCAGCCACUCGCAGGGCCCCCGGGCCAGCCCCAGGGCCUCCCCCAGCCGCACCCUCAACCGCCCCUCCACGGCCAGAUACAGGCCCUCCCGCAUGGUCUGCAAGCACAGCCCCUCUUGCCCCACCCGGCCCCUGCACAGCCCUUCACUCUCCCGCCCCAGGCCUUGCCAGCCUCCUCUUCGCAGUCUCAGGGUCCCCUCCCUCCCCCGGCCCACCCUGCCCUGCAGGUCUCCUCUGGCCAAGUGGCCUCCUCGUCCCCGCUGUCUUCCCAGUGCCCCCGGGAGCAGCCCCUGCCCCCCGCCCCUAUGGCCAUGCCCCACAUCAAGCCCCCACCCACCACGCCCAUCCCGCCUCUCCCCACGCUACCUUCCCACAAGCACCUCUCGGGCCCUUCGCCGUUCUCCAUGAACUCCAACCUGCCCCCGCCCCCUGCGCUGAAGCCGCUCAGCUCCCUCUCGACCCACCACCCGCCCUCCGCGCACCCCCCUCCCUUGCAGCUGAUGCCCCAGAGCCAGCCCCUGCAACCCUCCCCCACCCAGCCGCCAGUCCUCACCCAGAGCCACCCUGCUCCUCCCCAGCCUUCCUUCGCCCAGCACCCCUUCGUUCGGGGGCCGCCUCCCGCCACACCUCCCUCCUGCCCGUCGACUUCCACGCCGCCAUCUGUGCCAAGCGCUCCGAGCCAGGGGGCCGUGUCCAGCUCAGCGGCCUGCGGCGGAAACGUCCCUGUGGUGGCCCCCUGCACCAUCCCCUCCAUCCAGAUUAAGGAGGAGGCGCCUGAUGACGUCGAGGAGCCUGAGAGCCCGCCUCCCCCCACCCGGAGCCCCUCGCCAGAACCCACCGUGGUGGACACGCCGAGCCACGCCAGUCAGUCAGCUAGGUUUUACAAGCACCUGGACCGCGGCUACAACUCCUGCGCGAGGACGGAUCUGUACUUCAUGCCCCUGGCCGGCUCCAAGCUGGCGAAGAAGCGAGAAGAGGCGAUCGAGAAAGCCAAGCGGGAAGCGGAGCAGAAAGCGAGAGAAGAGAGGGAACGGGAGAAAGAGAAAGAGAAGGAAAGGGAACGAGAACGGGAGCGCGAGAGAGAGGCCGAGAGGGUGGCGAAAGCAUCCAGUUCCUCCCACGACGGUCGUCUCGGAGAAUCUCAGCUAAGCGGUCCAGCGCACAUGAGGCCGUCUUUCGAACCGCCUCCCACCACCAUUGCGGCCGUGCCCCCUUACAUCGGUCCGGACACGCCGGCCCUACGGACGCUGAGCGAGUACGCGCGUCCCCACGUCAUGUCCCCCACCAACCGGAACCACCCUUUCUUCGUCCCCCUCAAUCCCGCCGACCCGCUCUUGGCCUACCACAUGCCGGGCCUCUACAACGUGGACCCCACCCUCCGGGAGCGGGAGCUGUGGGAACGGGAGCUGCGGGAGCGGGAGAUCAGGGAGCGGGAACUGCGGGAAAGGAUGAAGCCGGGUUUCGAGGUGAAGCCUCCCGAACUGGACGCCCUCCACCCGGCCACCAACCCCAUGGAGCACUUUGCCCGUCACGGAGCCCUCACUAUCCCCCCGACUGCAGGCCCUCACCCCUUCGCUUCUUUCCACCCUGGGCUUAACCCUCUGGAGAGGGAGAGACUCGCUUUAGCCGGCCCUCAGUUACGGCCCGAAAUGAGCUACCCGGACAGACUGGCUGCCGAGAGGAUCCACGCCGAGCGCAUGGCGUCCCUCACCAACGAUCCCUUGGCCAGGCUCCAGAUGUUCAACGUGACGCCCCAUCAUCACCAACAUUCCCACAUCCAUUCACAUCUGCAUCUCCACCAACAGGACCCACUACAUCAAGGCUCAGCCGGACCCGUUCACCCCCUCGUGGACCCUCUAGCCGCUGGACCGCACUUGGCACGCUUCCCUUACCCUCCUGGUACCAUCCCCAACCCGCUGCUAGGACAGCCAUCUCACGAGCAUGAAAUGCUGCGGCAUCCAGUCUUCGGUGCCCCCUACCCACGCGACCUCCCUGGCGCCAUCCCUCCUCCCAUGUCAGCGGCCCAUCAGUUACAAGCUAUGCACGCCCAGUCGGCAGAGCUUCAGCGACUCGCCAUGGAGCAGCAGUGGCUUCACGGGCACCCCCACAUCCGGGGGCAUCUUCCCAGCCAAGAAGACUAUUACAGCCGUCUGAAGAAAGAGGGCGACAAGCAGUUGUAAUACCUUAUUUAUUUGUGACGCUGACUACUCAAGUUCCUAGUCCUCGUGGGGGGAGAAAGCAGUGGAAUGUGUUUGAAUCUCGAGAACUGCUGGAAAGAACCUUCUUCUCUCUUUUCGCACGGUGGAAAACACACAGCAGCCCCAUCAGUUUCGCCCGAAAGCCAAACCUCACACGAGACGUGAAUUGGUGCAUACGUUCUGUAUAGUAUUCACUUGUAGGAAAGAUUUCUCAAAAGACCAGUUCAGGAGUCUCCUUGCAUGACUUAAACCUGUUAAAAGGCCUUUUCUUUUUUUCCCCUUUUUUUUUUUUUUUCCUUUUUUGGAAUGGGAGGAAGAAGAGGAACAAAACAGAACCGGGAGAGAAAUUAAUCCAAACAAUUUCUUAUUGGUUUGGUAUGUUUUUGGCUGUUGGUUUUAUUUUUAUUCUAUUUUAUUUUUUUCAUUUUCAUUUUUGAGUAGGUGCUAGUUUCAGAUUCACAACCUCUAAUGCAAGCCACUGUGCAUAAAAAAAAAAGUAUAUUCAAUUUAUAUAUAUAUAUACUUAAAAUAAAAAUAAAAAAAAUACCCGAGAAUCGCAAGUUAGUGGCUUUACAAACCUCCGGAGAAAAAAAUCCAAGUGCUAUAAUAGAAUUUUAAAAAAAGAAAAAAAAAUCUACUUUUAUUUUAAUACAUUGUAGGCAAACUUCAUAAUUUUAAAAGAGAGCUUUGCAGCAUGGCUUUUUAAGUCUGUAAAUAAGUUUUUCGGGGGAGGGGUUAGGGGUUUUAAAAAGAUGAUUAUAAUUUCAUGAAUUCCUGAUUUAUUAAUAAUAAUAAUUAUUUUUUUGCCUCUUCUCCAGCCCCGACUUCCUUCCUCUCUCAUCAUAAAAUCAUCUACUUCUUAAAACCUGCUGUUUCACGAGAAUAUAGACUUGAUUUUUUAAACAAAUAAGAGGAAUAUAUAUAUAUAUAUAAGCGAUCCUUUGAUUCAUGAAAAAGGGGAGCACCAUAAAGUCAAUAAUUUCAGAACGGCUGGUCGGAGCGCAAAAGCAUUAAAAGGAGUUGCAGGGAUAAUAUUAAAAAAAACAAAACACAGUUUUGAUUUUAUUUUUUGCACACAUGUUACAUGUGCAACGUUCUUUAUUUAAUUACUUAACGUUCCAUAAACAUUCUCCUCCCAUUUCCUUCAGUAGCUGGUUGUGUUACAAAAGCAGUUGUCUCUUCCAGAUUGUGGGUACAUCACCUCAUCCCUGGAGGUGCCUCUUUUACAUACCACACUCCUUUUUCUGAUUUUAUUGCUUUUUUUUUUUUUUUAUCCCAACAGCGUAGGAACAUUGAAGGUAUUUUUUUACCAUACCCUUCUUAAUUUGAGCCUGUGGAUCAUUUCUGCCAGCCCAUCAAUUUAAAUCGUUUGAGAAAAGGUUAAAAAGGCUUGGCCAGAGCAGUAGGCUGCUUUCAAACCGGUUAUGCAUAAAAAAUGCUGGCUGUAAAUAUAAUUUUAAGUCGCCCGUGGGCACGCACGAUUGUUCGGGCAGGUUUCUCUCCUCCCUUCCAGCCUCAGUCUACCCUCUGGGUUGUGUCGGGAAGCGGAAUAAAAUCGGAAUUUUUGGCAACACUCAGGAACGCGUUUGGUUAAGACGACUUGCCUUUUCGCGAGAUCGUUCACGCCAGCCUCCAGCUGAGCUACCUGGCCGUUGCUGGACUCGCACUGUGAAUCCUCGCCCUUCCCACGGUUAACGUCAGACAAGCUUUUAAAUUGGGAGGCCAAUACGAAACGUGUGCCUGCGUCACCAGUUCCCCUUUUCGUUGCUUCUGUCGGAAGCCUUUGCUGCCCCGUGUCUCUCCCCUCCCUCUUUAUUUUUUUUGGGGGGGGCAGGGGGGAAGCCAAGAUUUCUGGUGCAAAGGCCAUUUUAAAAAAUAAAAUCACCUGUGUUUUCUCAGGAUACCCUCUCCCAAUCCUUCAGAAUCUCCCUUCCUGAUGGCAGUUUGCAGCCUGCCCCCAUCAUCCCUUUCGCCCUAAAGGUUAAAAAGAAAAAAUUCCCAGCACAGACCUGCAUCUCGGUUUCACAAGAUAGAUUUGGCUUGGCUCGGGGUGGGGGGUGGCGGUGUCUUUUGGGGGUGAUCUCACCCAGCCCGGAAUUAAACCUCAAUCCACGUUGGCGAUCGGAUGGGUCUCCCUUGCCUUUACUUGCAGGAGAUACAAACAGUUAAAUCUGGCCUUUGGGGGAAGAGAAUGGGACUGAGAAGCAGGAAAAAACUUUUUUUUUAAUUUUUAUUUAUUUCUUUUGCAAGUCAGAUGCAAAAAAAACCACAAAACCGUAUUUUUUUUCCCCACCGACUAGCAAGACAAGCUAAAAAAAAAAGUGAAGGAAUCUUGAAAAGUUCAUCCGCUUUUCUGGAGUGGAAAACACUAAAAAACAACAACAACAGCAGAAUAGCCCCCAGUAAUUUGUGAACAUCCUUCUUCCGUCUCCUGUUCGUUCGUGGAAGAGAAAAGCAAAAUCUUAAUUUCAACAGGUAAACCUCCCGAGUCUUCGGGGAAUCUGCCUAAACGUAAGAUCCCCUUUUGGGAAACGCGGAAAACAGAAGUUGCACACUCAAGUCAAAGAUACCAUCCUGUUGAACUCCCACCCACCCUUCCAAUUUUCCAGUUAAUAUUUUGAAUCAUUCCAGGGUGGGAAAACUUUUUAACUCGCAGUGUUACUUCUUCCCAAUCUCUUAGCAAUCGCCUUUCUCUGUUGCAACCGCCCGAUUUUUUUUCCCUUUUGUGGUUUAACAUUUUGCAGAACCUUCUCCGUUUUUUGUUUUGUUUUAACAACACAUUUCUUUUUUUUCCUUUUCUUUUUUUUUCUCAUUCUGGUUGCCCCACUCUCCUAGUUUGGGGUGGAUCAUUAUUUUCGUUCGUUCGUUUUAUUUCACCAACCCGUCUCUUCGUUCAGUGUUGUCCUUAUUCAAGCUCUCCCUUCUGACAACUACGUUUAUAUAUAUCUUGAGGCUUAGUGUAUAUAUGAGUAGUUUGCCAUGGGGUAACACAGUGUAAAGCAGGAUAUAGAAGAAGAAGAAAAAAAAAACCCAGGAGUUGUGAAUUCUGUGUUCUCUCCAUUUGAGUAUUUUGUAAUUUUUUUGAAAUAUUUGUGGACAUAAAUAAAAACCGAGCUACACUA